UAAGAUUGAUUUAAAUAUUUUAAGGUAAAAGGGAAUACUAAUGUUAUAAUAGUAAAUCACUUACAUGGUUCUGAUUUAUAUUUUAAGCUUUGGAAUUAAAAGAGAAAGAAAAAAAAUCUCAUCCUUAUACUUCUCACUCUUCCUCGUGUCAACUGUUGUCAACAGACAACACAUUCUAAUCUUCCUUCAUUGUGUCAAAAGGAGAAGAGCUUUCAAAUUGAGUUGUCAAAAUUCCAUGGAAUCUCCACCAUUGAGAUGUAAUCUCCAUAAUUUUUUCUGAUUUUGGGCAAAUCUAAAAACCCCAAUUCUUCAUUCUCACAUCUUCUCUGUUUUCGUCAGUCUGUUCUGCAAUUUUCUUCAACAUGCAAUCCAAAUUUGCUCCUUGUUUCUUCAUCAAAGUUGUAGAGCUCUUCGAGCUAAUGAAUUUAGGCUCAAAAAUUUCUUCAAUCGGAGUUCGUAGCUAGGAGUUAUGAUCUCUGGAAGUUGUAGUUGUUGCUGCCACUGUUGCAGCGUUUUUCUCUCUCCUCUGUUUCGGUAUGGUGCUGCCGCCACUGUUCCGUGGUCUGUUGCUGUGCUGUACGGUCUUGUCAAGGGUUGUGCCGCCGUGAUUUAUGGUGGUGCGGUACUGUUUCCGUGAUUGUCACAAACUAAUUGAUUUUUCUUCUUGAAUCGUUACCUUAGUGUGGUAAGCUUUUGUUUCACUUCUUCCUUUUCAUAUAUGUCCUUUGAUUCAUAAAAGCCAAAAUUGAAAUGAUGUAGUAUAUUGAAUUGAUGAAACUACUUGAGAAUCAGUGGGCAACUUUGAUAAAUGACCUUGUAAAUCAGCUUUGUUAUGGUUACAUUUUCAAUCUAAAGUCUCUAGUAGUAAGUUAAUUAGAUAUGGUGUAAUCUUAAUUUUCAACAACUGAAAGUAUUAACUUUGGGUAAAUUGUUCUUAAACUUAUUUUGGUUUAAUGACUAAGAUAAGAUAGUUCAAGAAGUUAGUAAUCUAUAAUCUGCAGAUUCAAGUUAAUUACUCUUGUUUAAAAAAAAUCUAUUUGGAUGAUUCUUCAAGUACUUUUAAAUUAAAACAGAAUCUAGUUAGAUUUCUGAUUAAACUAAUUAUUUUGGAGAGUUAUAAUGUGAGAUUGAUAGUAUGAGUUGGAUUAUUAGAAGGUUGGUAUCAUUUAGGAAAUCAUCAUUAGCUCAUAAGGUUUAAGAUUGAUUAUUAUCUGUUUGGGCCCAUUAAACCCUUCUAAGAAUAUCAUGCCAUGUGGCACCGCCACCUAAGCACCCUGGGUCCCACCAACUACAGCAUGGCUAAUUCAGGCUUCAUGGGUCCCACCAGAAUCAUCCUUUGAAAAGGUAUCAUCAAUCCCUAAGUGAGCUGUCCUGUCCAGCACACCACUUUCUAGAGAUUCUCACCACUAUAAAUACCUCUUGUCCCAUCAAUGCAAAGUUUUUCUGUGUUUUGCAGGUUUCCGGUGAACUGAUAACCAGCCCUGCUCAGACUUAAGGACUUGCUCAGCACAUAUCAUUAACCUUAAUUUCUAGACGGAAACAGUUUGGCGCCGUCUGUGGGGAUAGUACAAAAAGUUGCUUCGCCACCACUCAGAAGAUUUUACUUGCUACUCAGCAGAAUUCGACCCCAGUGCUAAUUAGCUAUGGCACCAUCCAAGAACGCCCGUAACAAACAAUCUACCCAACCCCAGCGAUCCGAGAGGGAACCUUCACCCCAACAGAGGAGAUCAGCAUGGACUCGAUCCCCUUCGGUUCAUACACUAGACCCUAACCUGGAACUCUCCCAGGAACUGCAGCCUUCCCCCUCUCGGGAAAUACAACGUGUUGACCCCCAACCUCUGCUCACAGCUGACAUAGCACUUAUAGCCGCUCAGCUACAACAGACCGUGCAGCAAAGCAUCAUGCAAAUGCUGACUACCCUCCAACAAGGGCAGGGCCAGAACCAAUUCAGCCUCCAACAACGUGAUGACAAUGUCCCGAGGCCAUCUCAUAGGGAAGAGCGUAACCCUCGCUCCAAUCAUGACCAGCCUAACCGGCAAAGGUCAGCGGCUCGGGAGCCUGUUCGGUCUCAAAGGCCCCCUCCCGGCAAGAUGAGCGCCCUCCACAGGGCGAGAGGUCGGCACAUCGGGAAGCUGCUCUCCGAAGAGAGGAGACCCACGUCUCCAGGUCGCCAAGGGGGGAAUCCUGGCCGCAAGCCGGAAGAUGCUCGAAAUAUUCUUAAUGAGAAACGCCGUAGUCAGGGAUAUGACGCUCGUCAGUUCCUAGAUUGCAAGGCCGCUCAGCGUGAAGGACAUGGUGACUCGGCUCAGUCCAAACCUCUAAGGCUCGGUAAUGGAAGCCUCAAGUUCAUGACCCCGUUCAGCCGAGAGAUCAUUGACACCCCCACCCAAGGGAAAGUCAAAACGCCGCUGAUUGAACCAUUCGCGUGCCUAACCGACCCGGAAGAUCAUAUGGCCACAUAUAAGGCUCAGAUGAGUGUGCAGACCAGCUGCGAGGCCACAUGGUGUCGGUUCUUCCCUACUACGCUGAAGGGGCUAGUACUGAAUUGGUUCCAAGAGUUGCCAGCUGGAAUUAUCACCGAUUUCGCGGUACUCAAGGACAUGUUCACUCACCAAUUCGUGGCCGGAAAGAGGCAAAAGAAGACAAGCUUGCACCUCAUGGGGGUCAAGCAAGAGAAGAAUGAAAGUCUAGCCGACUACAUAAAAAGGUUCAAUGAAGAAUCCUUAAAAGUAUCCGACCUGCAAGAUGCCGUUGCCUUCGCUACUCUCAUGUCCGGAUUGCAGCCUGGCCGGCUCAGAUGGACAUUGGCGGAAAGUGAAGUCAAAACUUUUUCCGAGGCCAUGGCAAAAGCUCAAAGAUUUAUCCAAGCGGCAGACAUUUGCCGUCACUCGGAAGAAGGAAGUAAGAAGAGAAAGGAAGAAGGAAGCAACAGAGAUCAGCCCAAACAGCAGAAAACGGGCGGUAGGUCGGACAGAUUCACUGAUCAUGGAAAUGACCCUCGUUUCAAUAAGAAUCGAAGAGAAAUUUACCUGGACAUCAAGCACAAGUCCAUGCUGCCCAACCCCCCACCCAUCAGCACUUCAGCCUACCGAAGAGACAAAAGCCAGUGGUGUGAGUACCACCGGGAAUGUGGUCAUACCACAAAAGAUUGUACAGAGAUGAAAAAAGGAUUAGAUAACCUUGCCGACCAGGGCAAGCUGAACCGCUACCUCAAGCACACAAGCGAAGAGAAGGGAAAGCAGAAGGUCGGUCAGUCCAAUAGUGGGGACACGGAAGGGUACAUUGGGGUCAUCGCAGGGGGCUUCGCCUCGGGAGGCCUAACCGGUCGAGCUAGGAAAGCCCACCUCCAAAACCUUAAGCACCAAGUGCUAGAAGUCAAGCCAAGCCGGUCGGACUGUCCCAUAAUGACAUUCGGGGAAUCCAGUCGGCCCGUCAGUGUACCCCAUGAUGACCCCCUGGUCAUCGAGCUCAAAGUAGCCAACUCCCGGGUCAGACAUGUCUUGGUUGACAGUGGGUCAUCCGCCGAUAUCAUAACUCUGGAAUGCCUGAAGAAGCUGAAGUACAGUGAGAAGGAUGUCACGCCACUCGCUCGAUCAGCCACUCAUAGGCUUCGGGGGAAACUCUGUACAGCCUGUCGGGUCGAUAAAGCUCCCCACUCGGAUGGGUGAGAAAGGCAA